AUGAAUCAUUUAUCUAUACUCUUGAGUGUCGCCACUCUUUUCUCGUCGACUUCGGCGGUCUUAGUCACGUACAAUCGCACUUACGAUAGAGGAUCAACACCGAUCAGCCAGCUCGCAUGCUAUAAGGAUGGCAUCGGGAUGGUCCCACACUAUACAAAUCCCGAGGGAAAACCCAUUUCCAGUUUUGCACCGCGCAUCAUCGGUACAAAAGACGUUGCUGGGCCUGACUCCUCGCUAUGUGGAUCGUGCAUGAUGCUUGACUAUGGAGAGAAAGCCCGACCUUUUCUUGUGGUCACUGGCGCCGAAUCUGGCAUACAACUAUCGCUGGAGGGCAUGAACGCUCUCACAGGUGGUAGGGCUGAGGCUCUUGGUCAUAUUGAAGUAAGUACCAGGCGUGUGGCUCUGCUGAACUGUGGUCUUGUCAAGUCUCCAGGACAUUUGGACGAUCUCUGA